GGGUGUAACUGUGGGAGGGUCUGCAGGGCCAGGCUCAGGGACCCGGCUGCCAGAUAAGAGGAGGUGGGGCUUGGUCUUACAGCCACCAGCAGCUUUGGCAGGUUUUUGAGCAGAAGAGUGACAUGUCAAGAGCCAGGGCAGCAGUGUGGUGAAUUGGAAGGAGAGGAGAGAGGUAGGAAGACCACGUGGGAAAGGUCCAGUGAGGGGCACUGAGGGCUUGAACUAGGCCAUGACGAGAGGGAGGGUUGCCUGGGGUGACAUUAUAGAGGUAAAAUUGAUAGGACUUGCCAACAGACUGCAUAAGAGAACAAGGAAUGAACAAUGACCCUGUGGUUUUGACCUGGGUAAGUUGAAUGGUGUCGCCCUGAAAAUAGAGAGGCCAGGUGGGGCUUGGUUGAAGGGGGAAGCCAAUGAGUUAAAGGAGGUAAGGUGAGUUUGAAGGGCCCACAGACCAGACAGUUGAAGAUGCCCAUCAAGCCACCAGGAGAGGUCAGCACUGGCCCCGAGAGCCAGGUGUGUAGGCAUCAAUGAUUAAAACCAUGAACUUAGAUAGUAUUAUCCAAUCAAAGCAUGUCAGAGAGAAAAGAUGUGGGCCAGGCACGGGUACUGAAGUAUGACUCACGUUGUUUCCUCCACCUCUGUGAUUUUCACUUGAUUUGAUUUUUGAGGCAAGAUGACAGAGAGCAGUCUUUGCCCCAGGGGAGUGCAAAGCUUCAGAGAAUCCCCUGCUUGGUUGGUUGACUGAUGGGCUGGUUGAUCUGCACUGUUCCUUGUUGUAGAAAGGACUUAAGGCAUCUUAGGAAAACAUCUGAAACAAGGCAGGAGAGCACAAAUGGAGAAAGAAGAAAGGAAAGUGAGGUGGAGCCAGAAUGACACUAAAAACCCAGGGUGAACCGUAUCUGAACACGGCCUAUGGGCACAUGAUCUGCUACUGGGAUGGCUCUGCUCAUUAUCUGAUGUAUCUGGUGAUGGUGGCAGCCAUAGCCUGGGAGGAAAGUUAUAGAACCAUUGGCCUAUAUUGGGUCGGAUCUAUUAUUAUGAGCAUUGUUGUUUUUGUGCCAGGAAACAUUGUAGGGAAGUAUGGAACACGCAUUUGCCCUGCUUUUUUCUUAAGCAUACCAUAUACUUGUCUUCCUGUCUGGGCUGGUUUCAGAAUCUAUAAUCAGCCAUCAGAAAAUUAUAAUUAUCCCUCAAAGGUCAUUCAAGAAAUCCAAGCGAAAGACCUGCUGAGAAGACCAUUUGAUUUAAUGUUGGUUGUGUGUCUCCUUCUGGCAACUGGAUUUUGCCUGUUUAGAGGCUUGAUUGCUUUGGAUUGCCCAGCUGAGCUCUGCCGAUUAUAUACGCAAUUUCAAGAGCCCUACCUAAAGGAUCCUGCUGCUUAUGCUAAAAUCCAGAUGCUGGCAUAUCUGUUCUAUUCUGUCCCUUACUUUGUGAUGGCGCUUUAUGGCUUAGUGGUUCCUGGAUGCUCCUGGAUGCCUGACAUAACCCUGAUACAUGCUGGAGGUCUAGCUCAGGCUCAGUUUUCUCACAUCGGUGCUUCUCUUCAUGCUAGAACUGCUUAUAUCUACAGAGUCCCUGAAGAAGCGAAAAUCCUUUUUUUAGCAUUAAACAUAGCAUAUGGAGUUCUUCCUCAGCUCUUGGCCUAUCGCUGUAUCUACAAACCAGAGUUCUUCAUAAAAACAAAGGCAGAUGAAAAAGUUGAAUAAAAGCAUUAUUUUAUGUUUUUUCUCUCUAAAUUACUGACUUUUGUUAUUUUGGUACCAAUAUUUGGUCCCAUUCCACUCUCUUCCCAUACAGGAACAUUUACUAAUACAUAAAUUCUUGCUCCGUACUGUAUAUGUGAGCUAUCAUAGGAAUUAUGUGGAUAAAUUUUCUUUUUUUGAAGGAAAAUUGAAGUUAUUCAGAAAGCUUGUUUAAAGAAAUAAUAUAUUUCAAGUUAUUUGUGAAUAAACUUGACCACCUAUCUCAAUAUUCUGUUUGCACACUUUAAAUAUAAGUGAAAAAUUACAAUUUAGCUCCUAUAAUAGUGAGCAUGAAAAGGAAACUGUUCAAAAGUGAAAAUGGUCUAUGCAUAUUAAAAAUUUCAAAGUAGCAAAUACAGAUGGAGAAAUAUUUUUGCAUAUAAGAUCUGUAUGUUUCAUUAUCAACCUCAGUAUAAAAGACAAAUUAUCAUAAUAUUUAAAAAUGUUGUUUGAAAAAUGUUUUCCCAAGGAAAGUAUAUUAUUUACUGCUGUUUCAAAAAUUGCUUUUACUGAAAUUUUUUUGUGAGUCUAAAUAGCUAAGGAGGGAUCUAUAACUUUAUCAUUACCCUUAUUUUAUUGGUGACUGGAAAUGUUUCUAUUGUAUUUCUGUGUAUAUUUUUAAUAAAUUAUUUUUGGUCUUUUAUGAAGACAAAUCUUAUUAAAUUUGAAACAUUUUGUAUAUUUUUUUUCAGAAAAAGUUCUGUAGUCUUUACGCUUUUUGUUUUAAAAAUCUGUCAGUUAUAUGUUCCAGUUCAAAAUGUCAUCUACAUUCUCAUGUUUUAGUGUGAGCAAUGAAGAGGACUUUUCAUGAAUUAAAUUUCAUUACUUUUAAAUUAAAAUAUUCAAAAUUAAAAAGUACCUUUUAAGGAAAAAGAACUGGACUGGCAUUCCUACUAUCUUUUAAUGAACUUUUCAUAUUUGGAAAUGUGAGUGAGUAUAAUAGAGGAAAAUCAAUAUUUGCUAAUAAGUAAGAGAAACAAACCAAAAAUCCAGCCACCUCCUCAGAGCCCGGGAGUGGUAAGUGGACUGGCGCUUUCAUGCCCUCAGCUGCCAUCAUCACCACCACCACCCCUACCAUCAUCAUCAUCAUCAGUGGCCCUAAGCUUUUAGAGCCACUCAUGUUUUUCCUUCAUGUUAUUUACUAGCUCUUCACCAAAAUAAGAAAACCAAAAGAAAAUGGGAUCCAAAUCAAUGCAUGGAUAAUGUCAAGUGUGUGAAUUUAGGGUCCACUGAACUGGUAAGUAUCUUAGACGUGCAAGCAAUCAUGUAGCCAGUUCCUCUCCCUCCCCACAGUGUUUAAAAAAACCCUAAAACCCAUAGAGUGUUAAAAGAAAACCCUCACCUGCACUUGAUUCUAUUGUCAACUUGCUGUUAACAAUUUUUGCUUUAAUAUAUGAAUUACAUUAAUACCUCACAUUACAUAUAUGAAGCCAAAUUACACUAACUUAGUUGUUUACAACCUCAAACCUUACUCCCAGUACACAUUCCAAUAAAUUUAUUCUGUAAAAACAAUACAUUUUUUUGUUUUUGAUUUUUUUUUUACAGUAAACUUUUCAACUACAAACCUCGAAUACGCGAAAGAUGUUCCAAGGACAAGCAUAACAGGAUUGAUAAAACCCAAACUGACUAAAUGUGUUCUCACAAUAUAAGCUGGCAUAAAAAUAAAUAAAAUUUUCUAUUAUCACAAUUGCAACAAUAAUGUACACAUAAUAAUGGUUUGUGGAUGAGUAUUAACUAUUCUAAUUCUAGUUCCAAAAGAAAACAACAGAUCAUUUUAAAAGUCUAUAUUUAAAAGUCAAUGCUUUGUCUUACUUCCCAUAGGGCUACUGCUGAUUCCAGCUUUAAAAUGUAAAGUAUCCAGCUUGAGUGAUUAGCUCAAAUUGUAUUGAGACUGGGAAAAAAUAAAUCAUUGCCUUUAUUUUGGAGUAACACAAAAGACUCACUAACUUCACAUAUAGAAACUGAGUUUGUGUACGUUAACAACAUGAGUUUUGAGAAGUAUAAGCUGUCAACUAGCUAUUUCUAAUACGGAAUAGAUAUUUUACAAUAUGAUUAAACUUUACACAUGGCCUCAAAACUGAAGAACAAUUUUAAGUUUAUCUUCAAUAUGCCAACAUUGUGUAUCUAGGAAUUGGUUCCUGGGUUCUGUCACAGAGAGGAAAUCCCUUAAGCAUUAUGUUGAGUGGUCAUUUUAAAAAAUGCUAAUUUAUAUUUAACUGAGUGUUUGGUGAUGGUGGAGUAAAGGUAGGAGACUGAUGAACAUAACUGCCUUGAUAAAGGAUCCUAGACUUGUAUAAGCUUGUGCAAAAAUCUGGAUAAUCCUUAGUGGUUAAGGGCAACUUCAUGCAACCAAAUAACAAAUUAAAUCAAUAACCUUAAAAAAGGCUAAAAUGUCUUUUUUCCCCCAA